AUGGCGACUAAUACAAUGAUAAUGGACCACGAUAGGUCACUAAGCGGGCCUAGCUUUGACCAACCAGCAACAAAGAAACUAAAGGCCGAAGACGGCUCAGUCGUUAGCCGAAUACAUAAUUCAGAACAAGUAGCAACCACAAGUUCGUCGGCGAACAACCCGACAACUAAUCAACAAAAAUCCAACUACGAGUUAAGAUAUAGUCUAGUGGGACAUAAAAAAGCCGUUUCUAGCGUUAAGUUCUCUCCCGAUGGGAAAUGGCUAGCUAGUAGUUCCGCUGAUAAAACAAUCAAGAUAUGGAAUGCGCUAGAUGGUAAAUUCGUACAGACACUCGAGGGCCAUGGUCAAGGUAUUUCAGACGUAGCAUGGUCCUCCGAUUCGCAGUACCUGACUUCCGCAUCAGAUGAUAAAACAAUACGAAUAUGGGAUGCAAAUAUUGGUAAAGUCGCCCAUGUAUUGAGAGGACACACGAAUUACGUGUUCUGUGUGAAUUAUAAUCCCCAAUCGAGUUUAAUCGUAUCUGGUUCUUUUGACGAAAGUAUACGGAUAUGGGACGUACGGCAAGGAAAAUGUAUGAAAACGUUACCUGCACAUUCUGAUCCUGUCACAGGAGUGCAUUUCAAUAGAGAUGGGACCAUGAUUGUGUCUUGCAGUUAUGAUGGAUUAAUACGCAUAUGGGACACAGCAACUGGCCAAUGCUUGAAAACGUUGGUAGACGAUGAUAAUCCUCCUGUCUCAUUUGUCAAAUUUUCUCCGAAUGGCAAAUAUAUCCUGGCAUCCACGCUUGAUAACACGCUUCGCCUGUGGAAUUACCAUACUGGAAAAUGUUUAAAGACAUAUACUGGCCAUAAGAAUGAUAAAUACUGCAUCUUCGCUAGUUUUUCGGUUACUGGCAGAAAGUGGAUUGUCAGUGGUAGCGAGGAUCAUGGCGUGUAUAUCUGGGAUUUACAGAGUAAACAGAUUGUGCAGAAGUUGGAAGGACACUCGGGUAAGGGAUAUCUGUUGCUUGUCGACUGUUGGUUUCACCGUGUAAGACACAUUAUCAUGAACAUACUUAUGUCUGAUAUACUGCCUCUUGCUUCUAUUGCAUCACUUAUCAAAAUGCUUGUUUCUCCAUUCCCACUCUUGUGUCCAUGGUGA